AUGAAAAGGCGAUACGAGCAUCCAAAGGUUGAGAAGCUGGCGGUUCCCCAGCGAGGCGACGAAAUUAAACAAUUUACACGGAACGACGCUCGUGCUGUACGUCACCCGUCGCACAACUUCACGUACUCUGCUUCGUUGCGGCAGGAGGCGGCGGCGGAGCAGAAUGAUGUGAUUGCACUGCCGAUGAAUGAGGGGCGCCCAUCGACCAACAAGACGAUUGGUGACCUCAAGUGGGGCAAUGAGGCUGAGAUCGGGCUGAGCCGCAAGGUGUUCCGGUGGUUCGACAUGGCGCUGCGGUUGUUCCCGACUGUGCGAUACUUCGCGAAGGCCGAUGACGACACAUUCCUGCGCGUGCCGCAGUACCUUCUUGACCUGCGCACGCUGCCUCGCCGUGGGGUGUAUUGGGGGCUCCGUACUGACGCAACUGCACGAAAGAAUAAUGUUAUACACGAGUUUCAUUACUUUUCCGGGAUGCUCUACACUCUUGCGAGGGACGUGGUGCAGCAGCUUGUGUCGUUUGAGCCAGUGCGACGGCUGGUGGAUUUGCCCUACAACAAGGAGAGAGAGGGGCAGUUUCUCUACUAUAAUAUGCAACACGAGGACGUGAUGGUGGGGCAGAUACUACGGUUGGAGGUGCGGGACUCCACAUUGGUGGUGGUGGAGGAUAGUGGGUGCCGAUUCCACAGUGGCCGUGGUAAAAAUCGGACAUUGCACGUUACUCCGGCCUCUCUUGCCCUGCACCUCCCACCAGUAAAGGGAUAUUCUACACUAAUGGAAUUGGGCGGCCACAGCAAAAGAGAUAUUUACAAACUUUGGAAGUGCUGCGCUCGUCAUAUGUUGCGUUUUGUUUGUUAA